AGAGCCAGGAACUGCAGCUCUGUGUCCCAGACUGACCCCCGGUGUCAGAGCCGGGAACUGCAGCUGUGUCCCAGACUGACCCCCGGCGUCAGAGCCGGGAACUGCAGCUGUGUCCCAGACUGACCCCCGGCGUCAGAGCCGGGAACUGCAGCUGUGUCCCAGACUGACCCCCGGCGUCAGAGCCGGGAACUGCAGCUGUGUCCCAGACUGACCCCCGGCGUCAGAGCCGGGAACUGCAGCUGUGUCCCAGACUGACCCCCGGUGUCAGAGCCAGGAACUGCAGCUCUGUGUCCCACACUGACCCCGGUGUCACAGCCGGGAACUGCAGGUCUGUGUCCCACACUGACCCCCAGUGUCACAGCCGGGAACUGCAGGUCUGUGUCCCACACUGACCCCCAGUGUCACAGCCGGGAACUGCAGGUCUGUGUCCCACACUGACCCCCGGUGUCAGAGGCGGAAACUGCACUAACCAAUAAAUUCCUUUGCCUGCCUCUUUCAUCCUCUGUGUCACUCCCUCUCCCUCACCUUCUCUCUCACUCCGCCGCUUACCCUCUCUAUGCUCUGUUACAGCUGAGUGAUGACCUAAAGACCAAUCUGCGAGUGACAAUGAUAGAGAAGUACAGGAUGCCAGACCAGAUCCAUAUCACCAAGGCAGUUGACAAACUGCAGCAAGAAUUCCGUUGCUGCGGCAGCAAUAACUCGAAGGACUGGCAGGAAAGCCGCUGGGUGACAUCGGGGCAAUCUGGAGAUCGGAUCGUACCUGACAGCUGCUGUAAGUCCAUGACAGUUGGCUGUGGUAAAAGAGACCACCCAUCCAACAUCUACAAGGUGGAGGGAGGCUGCAUUACCAAGCUGGAGGGUUUCAUCAUGGCCCACCUGAAGAUUAUUGGAGCAGUGGGAAUAGGAAUCGCCUGUGUCCAGAUCUUCGGAAUGAUUUUCACUUGCUGUCUGUACCGGAACCUGAAAGCGGACACUCCCUACUAGAGCUGGGACUUACCUACAUCUUCCUGUCAGCAUUCCCAUCUCACCAUUCCCGUUCCUUUGCUCCCCAACAGGAUGUGAGACGAGAAGCCUCAGAAAGCCUCGGCCCCACUGACCCUCCUCUGGGAUGGUGUCCCCACCCCUAGCCAGACUGCCCCCCCCGAGACAUUCCCCAACCCCACUGUCCCUCCUCUGGGACAUUCCCCCACCCACCCCCAGCCCCUCUGAUCCUCCUCUGGGACGUUGCCCCCAACCCCAGCCCCGCUGUCUCCCCUCUGGGAUGUUCACCCCACCCCCAGCACUAUUGCCUAGCCUUUGUAGAGCUCUGACACUGGGCCCCUCAGUGGUGACCAUGUACAAACACCAAUGGGGGACGUCACUAUGGGGCACUGGGCCUCUCGAUGGCAUGGCUGUCCUGCAGAGCUCACUCCUGGUUAUACAUUACAAUGUCAUAGGGAACUGAGUCUCCCCAUCCCUCUUCACAACCGCCCACACCCUCUGAGGGAGGACGAGAGGGAGAGAGAGAGAUUGGCCACUAUGGCAUACACCAUGUCAUACCCUGACAGCCCUCUGUUAGGUAAGGGGGCCAUCAUUCUGUGCCAAUGGUCACUUUGACCUUAUUUCACAGACCCUGACACCUACCUUUCCUUGCCCCUUUCCCCUUUCCUGGGCCCAACAUGCCCAUCUGCACCCCCCGUCCCCGGACACAGACACCCCUGUUACUCCCCACCCCCCCACCAACACACACACAUAUGGACACGGACACAUGGACACACACACACACACACACAGACACACACAUGGACAGACACACACAAACACAGACAGACACAUACACACACACGGACACUCACAGACAGACACUCCUCUUCCCCCCCGCCCCACUCCCUCCCCGGUACAGACACCCCAUUUCCUGCUGCUUGGGGUGACUGAGCAGAGGUACCCCCCCCCCCCCCCCCCCCCCCCCCCGCCAUAGACACUCCUCUUCCAGACACUCCUCCAACACUCCUUUCCCCUCCCUGCAACCCCCCCCCCGCAACACACACACACACACACACACACACACCCCUGCCCCGAACGGCAAUGUGAGAGGGAGGACAAUGAUUGUGUGUUGCUCAGGAGCCCUGGCCCUCUCAAGGUGAACACAGUCGCAAGCUACAGUUCAGAGCUGGGGCUUAUGGGGUUAGCUCUCAAUACCAAUGCACUCUGCUGGGGGUGGGGUGGGGGUGGUUGUUGGGGAGAGAGAGAGAUGCCGUUGGAGGGGAAUACGGUGGGACAGAUAGCUAACAAAACAUUUAACAUGUAAACUGGUGACUGUAAACUCUGCUGCUUCUGUGCUUAUCCCGGUUGUGUGGAGACCAGCAGAUUGGCAGUCCCUGUGUGUUUAAGGUGCUGUGGAGCAGAAGGUUGUCUCGGGAUCUCUGUGGGACUCUGCUCCUUCCCUCUAACCUCCAGUUAUUAUUGUCUAGCUGUCACUGAUCACAGUCGGGGAGUUCUACCACGCUGUAUUUUUAUAUUUACUGUAGAAAUAAAACCUGUCUAACACCA